AUGAAAAUAGCAGCGUUCAACAUCCAGAAAUUCGGACGAAAUAAAGUGUCCGAUCCAGAUGUCGUUCGGAUUCUGGUGAAGAUUAUCCAACGCUAUGACAUCAUCGUGAUCUUGGAGGUGGUGGACAUCAGCGGUAUAGCCGUCAAGACCCUCCUGGAUGCGCUCAACACGUCCGACGCAGAUCAUCACUACACUUUAAAGAUCAGCACUCGUCUGGGUCGAUCCCGUUACAAGGAACAGUUCAUGUUCUUAUACAGGGACGACCUGGUAGACCUGGUGGGUUCGUAUCAGUUUGACGACCAGGUGACCGACGGCGGCGACGUCUUCGCCAGAGACCCUUACAUCCUCAGAUUCCGAUGUCAUCACACAGUGUUGAAGGAUCUGGUUCUGAUUCCCGUUCACACCAAACCGGAGGACUCGGAGACGGAGCUGGACGAGCUUUUUGAUGUCUUUCAACAUGUCAAGAAGAAGUGGAGGACAGAUAACGUAAUGAUCUUGGGUGACUUCAAUGCUGAUGGCGCAUACGUUUCCGAGCGUGAUUUGCAGAGUAUCCGCAUCCGCGCCGACAAGAACUUCCACUGGUUGAUCGGAGACGAUGUCGACACCACGGCAAGCACGGGCAACGCCCACACGUACGACAGAAUCGUGGUGUACGGAGACGACAUGCUUCGCGCCAUCGUACCAAACUCCGCCCGACCCUUCAACUUCCAGGAAGCUUUCGGGCUCACCAAUGAGCAGACACUACAGGUGAGCGAUCAUUACCCAGUGGAGGUUGAGUUGAGGUCCCUCACCAAACCACGACAGGAAAAUGAAGGUCUGCUUUUGGAUGGUGACCUACUGGAGUUGAAGCGAGGAAACCUUUUGUUGGAGCGUGAGAAACUCAACCUGGAGAUCCAAAUCCUCCAAAUGAAACUGUCCAAAAUGGAGCAAGGAGGUGAAGAACAACAACUACUGAUGCAGUCGCCACAUCAGCCUCUAACUUCGCCUUGCAAAAUGUUGUGA